AUGGAGAUCGCGCGCAAGGUCCCGGAUUACGGGGCUACAGAAAACGAAAGCCCGCAAGAACAGUCUCCCACGAAAUUUGAUUAUGUUUUUGAGCUCAAACUGAUAUGGAAGGACAGCAUGCCGCUUAUCGUCGCGUUUUUUCUGCAAUACUUCCUUAGCGUGAGCCCGUUGCUGAUUGUUAGCCGUAUAUCGGCACAGGCAUUGGGUGCAGCUACUUUGGCCACAAUGUACAUGAACAUCGCGUACCUGGGUGUUAUACAAGGCGCAGUCACAGCUGUGGACUCGUUUGCUCCGCACGCUUUUGGGGCAGGUAACUAUGCUAUGGUUGGCGAAGUGGUGCAGAAAAAUCUCGCUGUGAACACCAUUCUGCUGGUUCCGAUGGUUGCUCUCUGCUGGUUCAGCGGCACAGUGCUGAGUGCCCUUCAGCCGGAUCCGGAGCUGGCAUCUCUAGCCCAAACGUACCUGCGGAUCGUCACCUUGGGGAUCCCGGGUCUCUUGAUUUUCGAGGUCGGCAAACGAUACUUACAGGCCCAAAACAUAUUCCAUGCCUCCACGUACGUGCUUCUACUAGUAUCUCCGCUGAGUUUGGUUUUGACUUAUGUGUUCGUGUUUCCUUUUGGCUGGGGAUAUGUCGGAGCACCGGCGGUGGUGGUUCUGUCGUACUGGUUGAUGGCGCUGCUCCUAGUAGCCUACGCGGUCUUUGUUGACGGCAGCAGGUGUUGGGGUGGGUUUAGCUACAGAGCGAUGUGCAGCGGCUUGUACGACCAGAUAUAUCUGGCCCUAUUCUCACUGGUUUCCGUGGAGGCAGAAUAUUUCGCGUUCGAAGUCAUGGCGCUGGCUGCCGCGUAUUUUGGGGAAACGGCCCUGGCCUCGCAGUCCAUCUGUGCAGCCGUCGGUUCUCUCAUUUUCCAAGUCCCGUUUGCCUUGAGCUGCUCGAUUUCCACCAGAGUCGGAUCGUUCAUUGGGGCCGGCAACCUGGAAUUUGCCCGAAAGUCGACCAACAUGUGCAUCAGGGCCACUGUUGUUUUGGGAAUCUGUGUCAGCAUGCUUCUAUUGAUCACGAUGAGGCCGAUCACUAGGGUAUUCACAGACGACUCGGUUGUUGCAGCAGAGUGCUACAAGAUACUGCCUGUCCUUUUUUUCACGCAGUGUUACGACAUGGUCAACGUGACGUGUCAGGGGCUGCUGAGAAGCCAACGGCGCCAAGAUGUUGGCUCGGUCUUUAGUUUGUGUUCAUACUACAUCUUCGGCUGUCCUCUCGCAUACAUUCUAGCGUUCAGACUCAAUUUGCAGGUGCGUGGUCUGUGGAUCGGACUCAGCACGGCUGUGUUGCUGCUCACGUUGGCAGAGGUUGUACUUUUAGCGCGCACGAAUUGGCCAAAUAUUAUGGAGCUGGCCAAGCAGGAAGAACACGAGCCACGUUUAUAG